AUGGCGGGUGAUGCCAUCUUGAUCAUGAAGGGCUUGACGAAGCUUAGUAAAGCAGUCCUAGAAACCCAAGCAGGACAGCUUCGGCAGGUGCUCUUUGGGGGUGAUGCAGUUACCAUUGCAAAGACUCUACAGGCUGCUGCUGAAGAACAGUUCAGUUCUGCCUUGGGGAAAAUGCAGGAAUUAGGCAUACAGCAGGAGAACUUAACUGAUCUCGAUGAGAAUUUUGGGAAGGACUAUGACUUUUCAGCCCGAGACUCAUCAGAUGCUCCAAUGGACUUCUCCACUGCCCCCAGCAAGCCCCAUGAACACAGCAGUGAAGGCCCUGCUUACUCUUACACUACGAAUGGACCUUUAAAAAGUGUUGGUGAGACUGGAGAUGCUGGCAUGGGUCAGAAGCCUUUCCCUCCCAAGAUGGAUGCAAGAUUAUUUGGAGGCUUUAGGGACCCUGGAAAUCCUUUUGCUGCUGCUUUUGGACAAAAUAGGGCUUUUCACCAAGACCAUUCCUCUGUUGGUGGAUUAACAGCUGAAGAUAUUGAUAAAGCCAGACAGGCCAAAGCAGGUUCAGAGCAGAAACCCUACAAACAGAUGCUCAGCGAGCGGGCUCGGGAGAGGAAGGUUCCUGUCACCAGGAUCGGACGGCUCGCCAACUUUGGAGGAUUAGCUGUUGGUCUUGGCAUUGGGGCAUUGGCAGAAGUAGCAAAGAAGAGCCUUAGACCCGAGGAACGCAAUGGGAAGAAGGCGGUGAUGGAUUCUAGCCCAUUCCUGUCAGAGGCCAAUGCAGAAAGGAUUGUGAGAACCUUGUGCAAGGUCCGGGGAGCGGCGCUGAAGCUGGGACAGAUGUUAAGCAUUCAAGAUGAUGCCUUCAUCAACCCCCAUCUCCAGAGGAUUUUUGAACGUGUACGUCAGAGUGCUGACUUCAUGCCAAUAAAGCAGAUGAUGAAAACUCUGAACAAUGAUCUUGGUCCCAACUGGAGGGAUAAACUGGAGUCCUUUGAGGAACGCCCCUUUGCUGCUGCCUCCAUUGGUCAGGUUCACCUGGCACGCUUGAAAAAUGGGAAAGAAGUUGCCAUGAAAAUCCAGUACCCUGGAGUUGCCCAGAGCAUCAGCAGUGAUGUUAACAACCUGAUGACUGUCCUGAGCAUGAGCAAUAUUCUCCCUGAAGGUUUGUUCCCUGAGCACUUGAUUGAAGUCGUGAGCCGAGAGCUGGCCCUGGAGUGUGACUACCUGAGAGAAGCUGCCUGCGCAAGGAAGUUCCAGGAGCUGCUGAAAGAUGACCCCUUCUUCUACAUCCCCAAAGUUGUGGAUGAGCUGUGCAGCAAGCAUGUCCUGACCACAGAGCUGGUGUCUGGCUUCCCCUUGGAUCAAGGCGUAGGGCUGAGCCAGGAGAUCCGAAAUGAGAUCUGUCACAACAUCCUGGUCCUGUGUCUGCGGGAGCUGUUUGAGUUCAGGUAUAUGCAGACUGACCCAAACUGGUCUAACUUCUUCUAUGACCCACAGUUGCACAAGGUGGCCCUGCUGGACUUUGGAGCAACUCGAGGGUUUGAUGAGAAGUUCACGGAUGUCUACAUAGAGGUAAUCAAGGCAGCUGCUGACAUGGACAGAGAGAGGGUACUGAAGAAGUCUAUUGAGAUGAAAUUCCUCACUGGUUAUGAAGUCAAGGAAAUGGAAGAUGCCCACUUAAAUGCUGUCCUCAUCCUGGGAGAGGCUUUUGCAUCUGAGGAACCUUUUGAUUUCGGCAACCAAAGCACCACUGAAAAGAUCCAUGGUUUAAUCCCAGUCAUGCUGAAGCAUCGGCUUGUCCCUCCGCCAGAGGAGACGUACUCUCUUCAUCGGAAGAUGGGGGGUUCUUUCCUUAUCUGCACCAAACUGAAGGCCAAAAUUCCCUGCAAAAACAUGUUCCAAGAGGCAUAUAGCAAAUAUUGGAGCAGUAGGGGCAAGAAGCCAGAGGAGUAGUGCAAUGAAUUAACAACUCUUGUUCUGAGGGCACAGUUCACCUGAGCCUUGCAGAGAGCGUUCUAGCCUCCCAUGCAUUGCACCCCAGCUCUCCAUCCUCUUGAGAUGCAGCAGCCUGUGCCCUGGAAGCCAAGUGUGCGUUUCAGGAGGACAAAGCUGUUCAUUCAUGCUGUGUCUGUCCUACGCUGACUGCCAGUACAGUCCACAGGAAACUGUCUUCUUGAGUGCUUCUGUACCGUGUCAAGGCACCAGCCGACGACCUUGGAUGCCUUUUUAACGUUGUGAUGGUGGCUGCGUAUUGGUUGGGUUUUAUACUGGGUAGGGGCAGGAGGACAGGAGCAGUAUUUACUAUUGAAACCUGUUUGUAAUUCUCAA